UCAACACUGCCGUAAAACGGCCUGACUGUCGUGUGCUGCACAAUGCCACCACUGUCUGAAGCAAAAUAACUGACUUGUAGUUGAUCAGUCAGCUUCUUGAGCCGUUGUGAGAACAUUAAAGUACAGCAACGAUUACAAUGUUGUUUUUGUAUCUUUUGGUGACCUAAAUAGUAAGCGAAUGAAGGCGGAAGUCCAAAGGAUGGACUUCAGAAGGACGGUGCUGGUGACUGGAGGCUCUGGAUUCAUCGGCUCUCAUUUGGUGUGUUCACUGGUCAACGGACAUCCAGAAUGGAGGAUACUGAACUUGGAUAAUUUGGAUUACUGCUGCAGCCCUAAGAGCCUGGAGAGCGUCCAAGACAGAAGGAACUACACCUUUAUCAGGGGAGAUGUGUGUAACUCACGGCUGGUCAAUCACAUCUUCAGCACAGAAAACAUAGACGUCAUCUUCCACCUGGCAGCCAAAACGCACGUCGAGUCUUCGUUUGAAUCCCCGUCCAGUUUCCAGCGAGUGAACGUCGAUGGGACCAGAGUCCUGCUGACCGCUGCCCACCAGGCCCGGCACCGGCCGCAGCGCUUCAUCUACGUCAGUACCGACGAGGUGUACGGGGCCAGUCUGGAGGAGGGGUUUGAUGAGAGCAGUCCGAUGAGGCCCACCAACCCAUAUGCCGCUACCAAAGCAGCUGCAGAGUAUCUAGUCAGAUCAUACUGGGACCAGUACCAGGUAAACAAGGGUAUGGUUAUUCCAAAGUUUCUGACCCAUCUGCAGAUGAACAAGAAAUGCACCAUUCAGGGCAUCCUCCCUAUAUCCCGGCAUUUCCUGUACGUCAGCGAUGCCACCAGUGCCUUCCUUCUCCUCCUGGAGAAAGGGAUUGUGGGAGAAGUCUACAACGUGGGCACAAGCUGUGAGAUUCCUAUCAUCCAGCUGGCAAAAGAACUGGUUAGGAUGGUGAAGAAUGUGCCGGAAUCAGAGGUGAAUGAUUGGCUUCAGUUUGUGCCCGACAGGCCACAGGUGGACCUGCGUUACCCAAUCAAAUGUGAGAAGCUGCAGCAGCUGGGCUGGAGAGCAGAGGUGUCCUGGGCCCAAGGCAUCAGACAGACUGUCAAAUGGUACCAGGACAACCCCAACUUCUGGUCAGACAACACGAAGGGAGGACCAGUGAAUCAGAACCAAGCUUGAAAAUGCAACCGACAAAUAACUGGGCUCAUUUAGCCCUGCAGCUCCACCGACAUGAAGCAGGGAUCCAGGACAGAGCCCUUUUUUGUUGUUUUUUUUUUUUUUAUUACAGAAACUUGAGCAAACACCAGUCUUACUGAGCAGCACAUCGUAUCCUCCGAUGUGAUAAGAGUUGGACCAAUGAGACCUGAAGUGCCAGAAAUAAGGAAGGCAGUCUUUCAGAGCAGACGCACCGGGAAACUAAUGCACUUUACAUGGAAUAUUUUUACAUGGCGUCACAUAGUCAUUGUUCUUAUCUCUAAAGACUUAUCUAAUUUAACUACCAGUAGAGACAACAGUUUUGUUUUUUAAGCUUUUGAAUCCAGCCAAUAAAGACUUACUAAAGGUGUCAGGAGUAGUUUUAUGUUUUCUCAGACAUCUCAGCCCUCUGGUUGUUUGGAGCUCUCACUGAAAUGAAGACUCAAACACUGAUCACAUCUGCAAAUCCAAACCUUUAAUCGUGGUAAAAUCAGAAUAGUUGCACAGUUUGUUUUUUUCGUGCAGUGCUUUCGUGCACAACUGCUAAACUAAUACACAAAGCAAAUACUAACUACCAGGCCGGUGCUGCUGCAGGGUCACACCGAGGGUUCUGGCCAUCCAGUCAUGACUAUAUGGACCUUAUUCGUUUUUUGUCAUCUUUUCUUAACUCUGGAUGAGAAGGGUUUUGUGCACUUGGUUUCCUGGCACAACAAGCUCAAAUGCUUGUUGUGCACAAAAAAGGCUUAAAGAUUUUGGCGGCUGCUUUGUGGGAAAAACUUUCAAUUUGUUAGAAUGCAAGAUCAAUUGCAUAAAAAUAAAAAAAAGGAGUUGUUCUAAAGUUUAAAAUCCAGAUGGAUCUCCAUUUCUGACUGGCCAGAUCCUCCACUGUGAGCAUGAACACAAGGGGGCCUCAAAAUAUGCAAACCACAACAACAUAGCAAUAGAACCACAGUUAACUCUGUGUGAUGAAGACUUCAAAGAUGGCCACUUGCCAUACAUUCACAACAAGGGUUUUAACGAGAAGGAAAGUGGAGAGUCCAGAAAGAAAAGAAAAAAAGAAGAGAUCGACUUGGAGAGAAUCUGGAUACCUGUUUUUUGUACUGCAUGUUGCUUUUUCUUUAUUAAAUUCUUAUAAAAAUGGUCAUUGAUCAGAACAUCUGCAAUUUGUUUUUUUAAUCCAAACCUUGGCAUAUUUGGCAUUUCCUCAAAUGUGUUUGCCAAUUAAAAAUGGCCAUGUAUGGUCAAUUGAAAGAUCAAAUUCUUGGCGACGGAAUUUGCCGCACAAACAGAUUCAUGGAUCAGAAAUGUGACUUUAAAGGUAACCUGUGUGGGGCCUCUCUCCUCAUAUGUCGCUGUAACAACAGCCGCGCUGACUUCAGCUUCAUGCGACUUUGCUGCACCGUGUAAAUGCCGGCGGCUGUAAGAGCUGUGGGGUCACAGCUGACAGUGGUCGCAGUGUCGGACGUCAACGCGUCCGGUUACAGUGACGCAAUGAAGGUCAAAGCCCCACUUGUUGCAUCUUCAACAUUAAAAAGCUCACACUACCC